AUGUAUGGGUUGCUGGAAAAGAUAAGGCUAUACUUAACAAGGAAACCAUUGCCUUCUUUGGAAGAAAGAAAGAAGUUUGACCAUGAGUUUGCCACAUCCACUUCAUUCCACGGGUUGCACCAUAUCGUCCAAACCCGGAGCAGGAUACGAAAGGUCCUGUGGAUGUUAGUGGUCCUGGGCUCUAUCACCAUUGUCGCUUGGCAAAUCUGGAAUCGAUUCACCAAUUAUUUCAGCUGGCCAACCACAACCUCAAUAGUAGUUCAGUAUGUGGAAAACAUUGAGUUCCCUGCUGUGACUUUUUGUAACUUGAACAGAUUCCAAGCCCAUGCAAUAGCCAACCUCAGUAUCGUUUUUUUCCUUUGGAGCAUUGUGGCUGGAGUUCUUCGUGCAUUUACUAUUGACAAGUUCUCUCAAGAGCUAACGGAUUUCCUUCAGGGACACCAAAACUUCAGCAUUAAAGAGUUUACAAGGAAUAAUGGCUUUUAUCUCAACAACAGCACUUUGCUAGAAUGUGAUUUUUUUGGGCAGCCAUGUUACCCGGAGGAUUUUGAACAUGUCUUUACUGAAUAUGGAAACUGCUUUACUUUUAAUCACAUGGAUCUUCCAGCAAGGAGAAGAGUGAGUCUUUCUGGAAGAGGCUUAAGUUUACUUUUUGAUAUCAAACAGGCACAAUUCACUGAUGACCCUACCUUUGGCUUUCUUGAUGCUGGUAUAAUUUAUGUUGUCCAUUCACCUAAAGAACCUCCACGUUUUGAUGGCUUAGGCUUAUCAACACCAGUAGGUAUGCAUGCACACGCUGCAAUCAGCCAGCAGAAGACAGUUAUCCAAGAAUACCCUUGGGGAGAGUGCAAUCCUAACAUCAAACUUCAGCACCACAAGAUCUAUAGCACCUAUGGAUGUCUGCAGGAAUGUAAGGCCAGGCACAUACAGGACAAGUGUGGCUGUUUGCCAUUUCUGCUUCCAGGAAACGGAACAGAAUGUGACCUACAAAAAUUCUACAAUUGUGUUUCUCCUGCACUCUAUAACGUAGAACUAAUGGGACUAUGUACGGUGGGAACCCACAAUUCCACUUGUCCUGUGCCUUGUGAAGAAACAGAUUAUCCCACCACUGUCACCUAUUCAAGUUUUGUGAAUGAAAAAGCCUUAAAAUUCCUUUCCACGAAGCUGAAGAGAAGUCCAGAGUAUGUCAGGGAGAAUCUUGUGUAUAUUGACAUUAAAUAUCAUAACCUGAACUACAAAAUGACUCGGCAGCAGAAGGCCCGGAGUGUAUCCGAAUUGCUUGCUGACAUUGGUGGCCAACUUGGUUUGUUUUGUGGAGCCAGUAUGAUUACAGUCAUAGAAAUUGUUGAGUAUGUUUUCACCAACUUCUGUUGGCUGUGCAUCUUUCUUCUACUGAAAGCUCCAGAAAUGCCCCAGUGGAAUAUUCCAGCCCAGAACGAGCAGACAGACAAGAAGGGAAUACAAGAAUGCUAAUGGCUUGUCAAGGCACAAAGCCUCACUGUCUCCUGUAACUUUCCCUCAUUUUUAAUAUAUUAAGAGAAAAUUGAUAUUUAACCUCAACUGGUUUUCCCCACUUAACAGCUAUAAAUAACGCAACAAUGGAAUUCUAAACAAUAAUCAUUGGAAAGACUCUGUUUCUUUCUCUUACGAUGAGAGAUGUAAUCUUUAUCUAACCCAAUAUAAUUUUUAGUUGCUGAGCAAAUGGUUUAUGCUGGCACAUAACACUACUGCAUGUAUGACGGAGUUGAAGACUCUUGCAGUUUGGGUAAGCUAAAUUAAUGGUCUCACAGAGAUAAUUUCAGCUCUUCAGGGUCACUCUCCACCACUCUCAAACAAAUCUUCCUAAUAAUUAUUAUUACAGAAGUGAUGAUGCACGGCUGAAGAAGAGGGUAUCCCCACUGACCACAGGAUUUUUUGCCGCAGUCCACCUGCAAUUAUGGUUAAAUGUCCCAUUAAAAAGUCUAUGGAAGUUUUGCCAUGAAACUAACUCAAUGGAAUUAGGA